AUGGCAGCUGCUGUCGUGCGCCCUGUGCCAUUUCGGCAAUCCCCAACUCCACCACCCGUGGCCACGCCGGCCAUCAGUCUCAACACAUCGUCCCCCAUUGACGUGCCACCCGUGCCAAAUAAGCAUAUCCCAAUAUGCCCUCCGGGCCUCUCCCCGGCCCAAACACCAGCCACGCCGCCUGCGUCUCCUCCCACCGGCCAUUUAAGCUUCCAAACUUCAUCCGUUUUGCACCCGCCCGACGUCUUCCCGCGCCUGAGUCAGUCGCCUCUCGUCUAUGCUCUCGAUGCAGCCAACUUUGCAGCGGCCUUUGAUCAUAUCUCUACGCAACCGUUGCCUGACCCGAAUCUCGUCUUUCCUUGGCUGCAUGGCCUUCAUGCCGAAAACAAUAUCCAACUCUCCUUUUUCAUGGCCCGUCGCAAGGCCAUGCGGAGGACCCCGCCCUAUCUGAGAGCAAUUACUGUAGUAAAGGCAGGUGGAGACCUGACAAGAGCAAGGAUCAAAGCUGCCCUCUCUCCGGAAGAGAUUCUUCCUGCCAGGGACACUGAAGUCUCCGUUUUUCCCGAUGUAGACCCUAAAUUUGGGUUUUCGGUGCGCAACUUUCAGAUUCAGGCGGCGAAGAUGGCCACGGUCUCGGACAUUGUUAUUUACGGUGAUGAGAACACGAGUCCAGAAGAGGUGAAACGAUUGGCCUGCAGGAUCUCUGAAGCUCAGCACGCCUGCAAAAUUAGGCUUGAUCCGACUGGUACCGAGUUUCCCAUGUAUAGCACCUUUGUUUUAACCGAUUCUUUCCAUGAGAUAGAGAAGAAAUUUCCAGAUCUAGUGGCCAUUGAUUCCCAGGGUUGCAUGAAUGAAAAUGUCAUGGACUUUUUUUAUUGGGAGCGGCGAGAGAUGUGCACCAUGUCCCAGGCAUCUGAAAUUUCACGAAAUGUCUGGCUCGGUCCUACUCCAGACUCAUCUCUAUGCCCGAAUAAGAUGCCCGACUCCGAUUUUCCUUUCUUUGAUAUCUUAAUUGAGGCAAGCGAUUCAGCCCAGGCUCCAAAUUCACGUACCUUGCAAGGUGUCAUCGAUCGUCUCGAACAAACUGGGGAACCACAGCAUUUACUAUUCCCGUCGUCUGGCAGCAUCAUGCCUCCGACAUGGUCUCAUGCCGAGGUGGAUUCCAUUGUAGAGACAUGCCGAUGGAUAUAUGACUUGGCGUAUCCUGGGGAGGCUCAGCACGACUUCAAAAAGGAUAGCGAUGGCGAUACAAUCAUGGAGAUGCAUGAUUUGCGGCCUCGAAGAAUACUCAUUCACUGCACUGACGGCUACACCGAAAGUUCCCUGUUAGCUCUGGCCUACUUUAUGUAUGCCGAGGGCCUUCCGGUUCACGAGGCAUGGCUUCAGUUGCAUCGGGAAAAGGGACGAAAUUUCUUUGCUUAUUCGUCGGACGUGAGUCUUUUAUCGACUAUCCAGCCUCGACUGCUACAAGAGUCCCCCCGUUGGAAGGCGGAUCCCAGGGCCUUCCAAGAGCCCGCUUGGCUAAGCCGAAUGGAUGGAUCGCUGCCUAAUCGGAUUUUGCCAUACAUGUACCUUGGAAACUUGGGUCACGCGAAUAACCCUGAAUUGCUCUGGAAACUGGGUAUCAGGAGGGUUCUGAGCGUGGGAGAGCCAGUCUCAUGGCCUAAAGAAGAGAUAGAGAAGUGGGGCAAAGAGAAUUUACUUUUAGUCGAGCGUGUGCAGGAUAACGGCGUUGAUCCUUUGACAGAAGAGUUUGAUAGAUGUUUGGAGUUUAUUGGUAAAGGCAAACGGGAUGGAACGGCCACCCUUGUUCAUUGUCGAGUUGGCGUCUCUCGGUCUGCCACCAUUUGCAUUGCAGAGGUUAUGAAUCAUACAGGAAUGUCAUUUCCGCGAGCCUAUUGUUUUGUUCGCGCACGACGGUUAAAUGUGAUCAUUCAGCCCCACCUUCGCUUCUCGUACGAGCUUUUGAAAUGGGAAGAAUAUCAACAAUUGAAGCGCAAGCUUCCUGUCCGGCGUGAGCACGAGUGGGCCACCAUCGCACGGGAGAUUGCGCUGUUGAAUAAACCGUACUCUCGUUAG